CUGUCUCUCCCGACACGCACCGGCGCCCCGCCUGCCACGGCCUCGGGCUCCGCGCCCUCAGCCCUUCCGCGGGCGGCUUCGCGCGGCCCGAGGGCCCGGGGUGCGCGUGACUGCGGUCUGCGGUGCGAAGGGCGUGCCUCCCGCGGCCGAGGGCGCGGAACAGGGACGCCCCGGCCUCGGGGCCGCCGCUCGCGUUUCCCUUCGUGAUCGCGAACGCCGCCCGCCCCCCCCGGGAGGCGCCCGCGCCCGGCGCGAUGGGUGCCAACGAGGACCAGGAGAUGGAACUGGAAGCAUUACGUUCUAUAUAUGAAGGAGAUGAAAGUUUCCGGGAAUUAAGUCCAGUUUCAUUUCAAUAUAGGAUAGGUGAAAAUGGUGAUCCCAAAGCCUUCCUCAUAGAGGUUUCCUGGACAGAAACAUAUCCCCAGACCCCUCCAAUCAUAUCCAUGAACGCUUUCUUCAACAACACCAUAUCCUCAGCCGUGAAGGAGAGCAUAUUAGCCAAGUUACAGGAAGCGGUGGAAGCCAACCUCGGCACUGCCAUGACCUACACGCUGUUCGAGUACGCCAAGGACAACAAGGAGCAGUUCAUGGAGAAUCACCAUCCUGUGAACUCUGCGACAUCCAUAAGCAAUAUCCUCUCAGUUGACACUCCUAAUGUAGCCCCAUCCAGUAAGAAAAAAGACAAGAAGGAACAGCUUACAAAAGCCCAGAAACGCAAGCUGGCAGAUAAAACAGAUCACAAAGGGGAGCUCCCUCGAGGCUGGAACUGGGUGGACGUGGUGAAGCAUUUAAGCAAAAGUGGCACUAAAGAUGAUGAAUAGCACUUGGAAUUGGAAACAAGGGAAGAACAUCCUUAAAAAGUAUUCAAAUGCAUUUCUCACCCCGAGCAUCGUCGUCAUAAUAGAAGUAUUUCAAAUGCUGAACUGUAGUACAUGCUUGAUUGUUUUUUCAAUCAUUAAAAGAGGAAACCGUUAGUGCAGUUUUUCCAGGGGGUUACUGAUGCCUUUGCGCGUUUUACAGUGAUUCUGUUUCUGCUCCCAGCUUUAAAAAUACUUAGGGCUGCUGCUGCAGGGUCCCAAAGAGACGUUGCUGGUUCCUCAGCUGCACUGUGCGGUGUGGGUCUGCGUUGUUGAAGAACAAUUAUGGUUUUCAAAAGUUUCCUUAGCGUAAGAGCAGUCUGGGUUGUGUUCAUGGUUUUUACUGAGCUAACACUGGCUUCAGUUAAGUUAUGAAGUAAUUAUAAUUAUGGUGAAGAAAUUUAACCUCAUUUUUAAAAGCUGAGUAGCAUUUUAUUUCUUGAAACUAGAGGCCCAGUGCACAAUUUGUGCACAGGUGGGGUCCCUCAGGAGGGCCUGCAGGGAUCGGGCCCCAGAUCGCGCCCCCAGCCUCGCAGCCCCCCAGCCCUACCUGGCACCCUGCCCGGCUCCAUUAGCACCUGGGAGCCAGGCAGCAGCCCUGCCCCCCAUCACCGCCACUGGUCGCCAUCUGCGGGGCGAUUGGUCAGGGUCAAGCCCCUGCCACUGCUGCUGCUGGUUGCCAUCUGCGGAGCAAUUGGCAGGGCAGUUGGGCCCCCGCUCACACCCGCCUUGGCCUGGCACCGCCCACUCACCUGCUCCACCAUCCCGCCCUGGUCCCGCUCUCGUUGAGGCCCAUCGGGGUUGUCAGCACCUCCACUGCCGCCCGUGCCGACCCCUGGUGGUCAGCCACAUCAUAGCGAGCAGUCGAACUCCCAAGGGGACAAUUUGCAUAUUGGGCUUUUAUAUAGAGGUAAUAUGAUAGAAACAUUAACAUUCAGGGCUAUUGAAAUAUGCCGACUUUGUUUUGGGGUUGUGUUCGUACUUUUUUAUUGUGUUGAUUUGUCUGUUGUUUUUAAAGAAGCUACUACAUCUGCUAGUGGAAGAAAAGCCUUUGUUUUGCUCCGAAGAGUCUGAACUGUUCAAGCUUAUCACGGUUCAUAGAUUACAAAGAAUAACGCUAGUAAAAUGCCAAUGAACUAUUUUUACUCUUUUUAUAUGACAUGUACAGAUUCCGGGAGGCAAUGGUGGCAGUGGUGCCUCUUACCUCCUUAUGUGACUCUUGAACAUUCUCUCAUCAAUAGUGCCAUCACUGUUCAACACUCCCAGUAUAUUUUCUCAAACUGUUUACUUAAAGUUGUAUGGAAUGGCAUAAUUAAUAAGCAAUAAAAUCUGGACUACGCACAA